GACCUUGCCCCAUCGAGACCUCCGGCACUCAGGCCCCCUUCCCUCUCUCCUGCUCCCUGGAGGGAUCGUCCUGGAGUUCGGCCGUGGAGCAGCAGGAGGGCCUCUCCCUCUCCAUCGCCAUCGCCUCCCCUCCGGACGCCCGCAUCGGCCGCUACCGCCUGAUCCUGGAUGCCUCCACCCAGGAUCAGGGCUCCAGCUUCCCCCUGGGGGAUUUCGUCCUGCUCUUCAACCCCUGGUGCACAGAGGACUCCACCUACAUGGAGAGCAAAGAGGACCGGGUUGAGUAUGUGUUGACUCAACAAGGCCUGAUCUACCAAGGAUCGAAGGACUACAUUGUCUCCGUCCCGUGGAACUUCGGACAG